UCAGGUUCCUAUAAGGUGUCAGGACGUGGCAGUCUAUUUCUCCAUGGAGGAGUGGGAGUAUGUAAAAGGACACAAGGAUCAGUACAAGGAUCAAGUCAUGAUGGAGGAUCAGCAGCCCCUCACAUCACCAGGUUUCUCCAAUCCAGGAUCCUCUGCUGAUAUCUUCUAUAUAAGAGAAUUCUCCUGGAUGACCCAUCAACCAUGGAGAGAGACAGGAACAAGAUGGCCGACAGGAUCAUAAACCUCACCCUACAGAUACUCUUCCGUCUUACUGGAGAGGAUUACACAGUAGUGAAGAAGUCCUCUAGUGGGCGCUUUCGGGCCCCUGUGUGUGAAGGAUGGGGAAGAACCCUGAGCCCAAUCCCAGGGCCCCCACCUCACUCCCUGAUACAUGAGGAAAUGGAUGAACAGAAGAUCCUAGAACUCAUCAACAAGAUGAUGGAGCUGCUGACUGGAGAGGUUCCUAUAAGGUGUCAGGACGUGGCGGUCUAUUUCUCCAUGGAGGAGUGGGAGUAUGUAGAAGGACACAAGGAUCAGUACAAGGAUCAGGUCAUGAUGGAGGAUCAGCAGCCCCUCACAUCACCAGUCAGAUCCAGUAAGAGAACAGCACCAGAGAGGUGUCCCCGUCCUCUUCUUCCACAGGAUGAUCAGGGUGAAGAUCCGAACAAUUUUAAUGCUCCAGAGACAGAUGUGAGCGGUGAUGAGCAGUAUCAGGAGGACAUUCCUACAGAGAAAGAUCUGUUCUAUAUUAAUGUUACAGACAUAAAGGAAGAAGAAGAGACAGAUGUGAGCAGUGAUGAGCAGUAUAUGGAGGAAAUUCCUACAGGGAAAAAUCUGAUCUAUGUUAAUGCUACAGACAUAAAGGAAGAAGAAGAAACAGAUUUGAGCAGUGAUGAGCAGUAUGAGAAGGACAUUUCUACAAGUAACCGCCCAGAUUCUUGUACCAGGAGAUCAGAGGAGAAUCUUAUAUCUUCAGAUUAUAAAGCAGAUGAUGAUAUCACACAAGAUACAUAUGAAGAACAUUCCAUUAUCCCAGAUACACCCUCAGCCCUUCACAGCCAAGAUCUCUCAUCUCAUCCUUAUAUACAGGUCCUGUCUUCUCAGUCAUCACAGAAAGGUCACAGAAGGGGUGUUGGACAUCAAAAAGCUCAUACAGGAAAGAAACCAUAUUCAUGCUCAGAAUGUGGGAAAUGUUUUACUAAGAAAUCAAAUCUUGUAGUACAUCAGAGAACUCACACAGGAGAGAAGCCAUUUUCAUGUUUAGAAUGUAGAAAGUGUUUUACUGAUAAAUCAAGUCUUCUUAGACAUCAAAGAACUCACACAGGGGAGAAGCCAUUUUCAUGUUAUCAAUGUGGGAAAUGUUUUACUCGGAAAUCAAGUCUUGUUCAACAUACAAGAACUCACACAGGGGAGAAGCUGCUUUCAUGCUCAGAAUGCGGGAAAUGUUUUACUAAGAAAUCACAUCUUGCUCAACAUACAAGAACUCACACAGGGGAGAAGCCAUUUUCAUGUUCAGAAUGUGGAAAAUGUUUUACUGACAAAUCAAGUCUUGUUCAACAUCAAAGAACUCACACAGGGGAGAAGCCAUUUUCAUGUUCAGAAUGUCGGAAAUGUUUUGCUUCGAAAUCAGAUGUUAAUCAACAUCAAAGAACUCACACAGCGGAGAAACCAUUUUCAUGUUCAGAAUGUGGGAAAUGUUUUCCUGGGAAAACAAAUCUUUUUAAACAUGAAAGAACUCACAGGACGGAGAAGCUAUUUUCAUGUUCAGAAUGUGAGAAAUGUUUUACUAAUAAAUCACAUCUUGUUCAACAUCAAAGAACUCACACAGGGGCAAAGCCAUAUUCAUGUGCAGAAUGUGGGAAAUGUUUUACUAAGAAAUCACAUCUUGCUCAACAUCAAAGAACUCACACAGGAGAGAAGCCAUUUUCAUGUUUAGAAUGUGGGAAAUGUUUCACUCGAAAAUCAGACCUUGUUGUACAUCAAAGAACUCACACAGGAGAGAAGCUACUUUCAUGCUCAGAAUGCGGGAAAUGUUUUAGUAAGAAAUCACAUCUUGUUCAACAUAAAAGAAUUCACACAGGGGAGAAGCCAUUUGCAUGUUCAGAAUGUGGAAAAUAUUUUACUGACAAAUCAAAUCUUGUUAAACAUCAAAGAACUCACACAGGGGAGAAACCAUAUUCAUGUUCAGAAUGUAGAAAGUGUUUUCCUGACAAAUCAAGUCUUCUUAGACAUCAAAGAACUCACACAGGGGAGAAGCCAUUUUCAUGUUUAGAAUGUGGUAAAUGUUUUACUCAGAAAUCAGAUGUUGUUGUACAUCAAAGAACUCACAAAGGAAAGAAGCCAAUUCAGAGCAAUAAAUGAUGCAGAUAACACAUCUAUAUAUUAACCAUGUACAUAGGAUAUCUGACAUUUAUACAUAUAUCAUAUACUGCUUCUCCAAACUUGUUACCA